AUGUCGUCUCCCGUCCCCGUCGAGACCAUCGAGCAUACGAUCAGUUUCCUCCGCGGAGAUAUACCCUCGCUCGCGGCCUGCUCACUCACCUGCCACGCGCUGCUGCCCAUCUCACGCGUCCACCUUUGGCACGAGAUCGUGCUGCCCGUGAAAUCAGACGGCUCGCACAGUACGCGCACCGAAACUUUCUUGGACCUCCUCGACUGCGACUCCGCGAUCGCGCUCUACGUGCGCUCACUGGGCUUGCGCCCCGAAAACGCCGGGUGCAGCCAUGGCGAGGUGUCUUUCAACAGGGCGGCCUUGGAUGCCCUCAGCGCACGCCUCCCCGCACUCCUCUCGCUGCGUCUCCACUUUCUAGUCAUACCAUCCCUUUACGAUAUAAUGAUUCUCCUCCGCGAUCUGCCCGCGCUCGAAACGCUCUGCCUUCACAGCGUCAGCCUAGGAGGAGACAACUGGCUCAGCCGGCGCGUGCCUGCGUGGCCCGAACAGCCUGUGCUGGAACCUGUCGCAGUAGGCGGUCAACCCCCAUCGCCAUGGGCGUUGCGCACGCUGUCACUCAUCGGGGGAUCGAUAAAUGGCGAGGAGGUAACACAGCUGGCGCUGUUUCUGGAACGGUCCAGGAGCUUCAUGCCGAAGCUGGACUGGAUCGACUUCUGCUGCGCCAUGCUGCCCACUGGCCCUGGAGUGGAUGCUGUCCUUCCCGAAGUCCCUCGCUUUGUGCCGUCACUGCGCCAUUUCGGGAUCACGCUCAGUGACCUCCACUAUGACGGCAUAUCUGUCCAAGGUCACUUGCCACGCUGCAGCUCUCUGACAUCGCUGUACCUCCGGUACGACCGACGCAUCGCAUAUCUGGGGAACACGGUCCGACAGAGGGUGCUCGGGACGCCUCAACCCUAUACGCCAACACCGUUCUUCAUCGAGCACCUCGCAGACGUGUUGUCCGCGGGCGGCCCCACCCCGCUCCCGCUCCUCGAAACCCUAUCUCUCGUGUUCGACAGCCCGACCGGGUGGCUCGUCGGCUUCGAAGCCGCGUUCGCGCGUCUGGCGAAGGUUCUCGUUGGGACCACUGACGACGAGUCAAAGGGCGCGCGGGGCGAAACGGUGGCGAGGCGGUACCCGCGUUUCGCCCAUCUGCAUGUGCGCACGUCGUUCCUCGGUACAGUCAUGCUGAUGCUGGGAGAAGUGGGGAUGGAAGAGCAACGCGGGCGGCAGGAGGCGGAGAGGGUUGAUCUCGUGCUUCCUAUGCUGGCGCGCUUCGUGCGGGCGGGCGUGCAUGUCGAAAUUACGUGCGACUGA